AUGGCAUUAGCUGAAUACUUUGGUAUGCAGCAUGCUGUUUUAAUCGGUAGUGCAACAGAUGGUCUAACACUAGCAAUUCAUAAGCUUUGUGCAGACCGCAAUGGAGCCAUUCUGACUUGCGGUCACGGAUUUGUUGCACAAAUUAUGGCCAGUCACCGCAUCCAAAAACCUGUAAUUUUAGUAGAUUGCACGUUAGAAACAGGACAAAUUGACACUAAUCACGUCGAAGCUUGUUUACGUAAAAACGAUAUUGCUUGUCUUUAUGUUGCAAGCCUUCAUGGUAUCGCAGCACCACUUACAGACUUACGCAGGCUCGCUGAUCAAUAUGGCAUUCCAAUGAUUGAAGACUUUGCACAAAGUGCUGGUGCAUCUUGUGAAAAAGGUCUUGUUGGCACCUAUGGUAAUUUAAGUGUCACAUCUAUCUACCCAACAAAACCUUUAGCUGGUAUUGCAACAGGAGGAGCCAUUUUAACAAACCAUACCGACCAUGCUGAUUGGUGCCGUCGUGGACGCUUUUUUGGUUUAGAUGCUGGCUAUGCAAAUGAGCCUCUUGUCCAUGCACGUAUGUCAGAAUUAUCUGCCGGCGCUGCUUUGCGGGGUUUAUCCUAUUUUGAAACACUACGAUAUGAACGAGAGCAACUCUUUAAACGCUACCAACAACAUUUAGAUACAACUUUUCACGGCCCACGCGCCCUUCCCCAAGAUGGCUCUGCCUACCAUCACUACAUCAUUUAUGUUAAAAAUCGCGACAACAUCCGUAAACAACUGCAACAGAAAAGUAUUGGAACAGGAACUUACUUUCCUGUAACCCUACUGGAACACCAGAUGUCUUUAGGCCAUAUUGAAACGUUUGAAGAGAUACCUAAUUGCUAUUUUCAUGCAAAACAUAAUCUGGCACUACCUUUAUGGGAAGGUCUAACAGAGGCCCAAAUAGAUUACAUUUGCGAAACUGUGCUUAAAAUUGCGGAGCCAGCUUAA